AUGUCCUCAGCUCCUCCUACAGUCCGCAUUGUGCACUCGGGCCAUGCGUGCAACAUCGAGGAAGAGCGCUACACGGAGCGGGUGUACACUAUCCGUGAAGGAGAAACCCUUGAGCUGGCCUGCCUGGUCACUGGCCACCCGCGACCACAAAUACGAUGGACCAAGACGGCGGGCAGUGCCUCGGACCGUUUCCAAGACUCCAGCGUGUUCAACGAGACGCUGCGCAUUGCCAAGAUCCAGCGGCACCAGGGCGGCCGCUACUACUGCAAGGCUGAGAACGGCUUGGGCUCGCCCGCUAUCAAGUCUAUCCGCGUCGAUGUCUACUACCUCGACGAUCCGGUGGUGACUGUGCAUCAGAGCAUCGGCGAGGCCAAGGAGCAGUUCUACUAUGAGAGGACAGUGUUCCUGCGGUGUGUGGCCAACUCCAACCCACCGGUGCGCUACAGCUGGCGGCGGGGCCGCGAGGUCCUUUCCCAGGGCUCUGACAAGGGUGUGGAAAUCUAUGAGCCUUUCUUCACACAGGGAGAGACUAAGAUCCUGAAGCUCAAGAAUCUACGGCCACAGGACUAUGCCAACUACAGCUGCAUUGCCUCUGUUCGCAAUGUAUGUGGAAUCCCGGACAAGAAUGUGCUCUUCAGGCUCACCAACAGAACAGCAUCACCCACCAUUAAACUCCUUGUGGAGGACCCCAUCGUUGUGAACCCUGGGCAGACGGUGACCCUGGUGUGUAUCACUUCUGGCGGGGAACCCAUACCAACAUUAACAUGGGUGCGAAACACGGAGCCCCUGCCUGACAAGAGCGUGCUCAACGGUGGGACGCUGACCCUACCAGCCAUCACGUCAGAUGAUGCUGGUGUCUACAGCUGUGUGGCCAACAAUAAUGUGGGCAAUCCUGCUAAGAAGUCCACCACCAUUGUGGUCAGAGCAUUGAAGAAGGGCCGUUUCUGGAUCACCCCAGACCCCUAUCACAAUGAUGACAACAUUCAGAUUGGGCGGGAGGUGAAGAUAUCUUGUCAAGUGGAGGCCACGCCUCCUGAGGAGCUGACAUUCAGCUGGCUGAAGAAUGGACGAGCGCUGCGCAGCUCUGAGCGCAUGGUCAUCACACAGACGGAUCCUGACAUCUCCCCUGGCACAACCAACCUGGACAUCAUCGACCUCAAGUUUACUGAUUUUGGAACCUACACCUGUAUGGCCUCGCUGAAGGGUGGGGGUAUCCCUGAGAUCAGCAUUGACGUCAACAUCUCGUCGACCACUG